ACACCAUAGUUCUACAAACUAAAAAUAUCACAAUUUCAUUGACACACUUGACUUUGUCUAGUACUUAAGUAAAAAAUGGCAAAAUUGGCAAUUUCCGUCUCAUUCUUCACUUUUAUUCUAUUGGCAUUAGCAUAUAGUUCUAAUGCUGGAAGCAUAGCAAUAUACUGGGGGCAAAAUGGUAAUGAAGGCACGCUAGCACAAACAUGUGCCACAGGUAACUAUGAAUAUGUUAUUUUAGCCUUCCUUCCAUCAUUUGGCAAUGGCCAAAAACCAAUGAUAAAUCUAGCAGGACAUUGUGAUCCAUACAGCAAUGCCUGCACAAAGUUAACCUCUGACAUAAAAUCAUGCCAAUCCAAAGGCAUCAAAGUUUUGCUGUCAAUAGGCGGAGGCGCCGGUAGCUACUCGCUUUCAUCCUCUCACGAUGCAAAACAAGUAGCUACUUAUCUUUGGAAUAACUUCUUGGGUGGACGAUCUCCGUCUCGUCCUCUUGGUCCUGCUGUUCUUGAUGGGAUCGACUUCGACAUCGAAGGUGGAACAAAUCUUUAUUGGGACGAUCUCGCUAGGUACCUUAAAGGGUACGGCAAAAACGUUUACUUGACGGCCGCGCCUCAGUGCCCUUUUCCUGAUGCUUGGAUUGGUAAUGCACUUAAGACAGGUCUUUUUGAUUGUGUUUGGGUUCAAUUUUACAACAACCCUCCUUGUCAGUAUAGUGGAGGUGCAAUUAGCAAUCUUGAAGAUGCAUGGAAACAGUGGAUAUCUGAUAUUCCAGCCAAGAAAAUCUUCUUGGGAUUACCAGCUUCUCCUCAGGCUGCAGGUAGUGGAUUCAUAGAUGCCAGUGAUCUUACUUCAAAAGUGCUUCCUGCUAUUAAGGAUUCUUCUAAAUAUGGAGGUGUUAUGCUUUGGUCUAGGUACUAUGAUGGUCAGAGUGGUUAUAGUUCCUCCAUCAAAAACCAUGUCUAAAAUGUAAUGUAUAAUGAUUAUGAUUAUGUAACAUGUUUUAUAUUUAUUCUUGUUCUCACUUGUGUGUGUAAUUAAUCUAUAUAUGCAGUUUCAUUUCUGAACUA